UUUUUAUUUCUAUCUGUAUUUCUAUAUUUGCUUCUCUAUCUUUCUCUGAUUAUCUCUCUAAAAGCUGUGUGCUUUUGUGCAUUCUAUAAUGUGGGUUUCUUCUUCCAUGUAAUUGGUGCCUGAGAGAAACAGAGAGACAGAGGAGGUAAGGUUAGGGUCUUUAUGAGUUUUGAGUGAUGAAGGGGGCAGAGAGAGAGAGAGAGAGAGAGAGAGAGCUCCAUUGCAGUGUGUUUCUCUUGCUUUUAAAGCUUUUAUUUAACCUGGGGUUGUUUUUAUUGUUGGGGUUUGGGAGCUAGAUGGACACCAAAGGAAGACUCAUUGCUGGUUCUCACAACAGGAAUGAGUUUGUUCUCAUCAAUGCUGAUGAGGUUGCAAGAGUGACAUGUGUUAAAGAAUUAAGUGGGCAGAUUUGCCAGAUCUGUGGUGAUGAGAUAGAGCUUUCUGUUGAUGGGGAGCCAUUUGUUGCCUGCAAUGAGUGUGCAUUCCCAGUAUGCAGGCCUUGCUAUGAAUAUGAAAGAAGGGAGGGCAAUCAAGCCUGCCCACAAUGCAAAACUAGAUACAAGCGCCUUAAAGGUUGCCCUCGUGUAGAUGGGGAUGAGGAAGAGGAUGGCGAUGAUGAUUUGGAGAAUGAGUUUGAUAUCCCAAGCCAUGAUAGAAGAGAUCCUUACCAUAUUGCUGCAGCCAUGCUCUCUGCUCGAUACGAUAGCAAUCAUGGUUCCCGAUCUCAUGUUUCAGGGUUGAGCACCCCAGCAGAGUUCGAUGCUGCAUCUGUUGAUUCAAAGGUCCCUCUCCUGACAUAUGGCGAGGAUGUUGAGAUUUCGUCUGAUAAGCAUGCUCUUAUCGUUCCUCCCUUUAUGAGUCGUGGAAAACGUGUCCAUCCAAUGCCAACUUCUGAUCCUUCCAUGACUUUACCACCUAGACCAAUGGAUCCUAAAAAAGAUUUGACAAUUUACGGGAUUGGGACUGUUGCAUGGAAGAGAAGAAUGGAAGAUUGGAAGAAUAAACAGAAUGAGAAACUCCAGGUGGUUAGGCAUGAAGGAAACAAUGGAGAUGAGUUUGAGGAUUCUGAUUUGCCGAUGAUGGAUGAAGGCAGGCAACCACUUUCAAGGAAACUACCAAUACCCUCUAGCAAGAUAAAUCCAUACAGAAUAAUAAUCCUUCUCCGGCUUGCCAUCCUGAUGCUGUUUUUUCACUACAGAAUUCUGCAUCCCGUGAAUGAUGCUUAUGUUCUCUGGCUUAUUUCAGUCAUUUGUGAAAUAUGGUUUGCUGUAUCAUGGAUAUUGGAUCAGUUCCCGAAAUGGUACCCAAUUGAACGGGAAACAUACCUUGAUCGUUUAGCAUUGAGGUAUGAGAAAGAAGGGAAGCCAUCUGAGCUAGCUUCUGUAGAUGUAUUUGUGAGUACAGUUGAUCCGAUGAAGGAGCCACCGCUUAUCACUGCAAAUACAGUUCUGUCUAUCCUUGCGGUAGAUUAUCCAGUUGAUAAAGUAGCCUGCUAUGUCUCUGAUGAUGGUGCUGCCAUGCUCACGUUUGAGGCUCUAUCUGAGACAUCUGAAUUUGCAAGAAAAUGGGUACCAUUUUGUAAGAAGUUCAGCAUUGAACCUCGAGCACCAGAAUGGUAUUUUGCUCAGAAAGUUGACUACUUGAGAGACAAAGUAGAUCCAACAUUUGUCAGGGAACGCCGGGCCAUGAAGAGGGAAUAUGAAGAGUUCAAAGUUAGAAUAAAUGGCUUGGUUGCAAUGGCACAAAAGGUUCCAGAAGAUGGUUGGACUAUGCAGGAUGGGACUCCAUGGCCAGGAAACAAUGUCAGAGACCAUCCUGGAAUGAUCCAAGUUUUCCUUGGUCAUGAUGGUGUUCGUGAUCUUGAAGGGAAUGAAUUACCUCGUCUAAUUUAUGUUUCUCGUGAAAAGAGACCAGGAUUUGAUCACCACAAGAAAGCUGGGGCCAUGAAUGCUUUGGUGCGCGUUUCUGCUGUCAUCUCCAAUGCUCCUUUCCUACUAAAUGUUGAUUGUGAUCACUACAUAAACAACAGCAAGGCUCUUCGUGAAGCCAUGUGCUUCAUGAUGGACCCUAUUUCGGGAAAGAAAAUCUGCUAUGUCCAGUUUCCUCAAAGAUUCGAUGGCAUUGACCGACAUGAUAGAUACUCAAACCGAAAUGUUGUCUUUUUUGAUAUCAACAUGAAAGGCCUGGAUGGGAUUCAAGGACCUAUUUAUGUUGGAACUGGAUGUGUCUUCAGGAGGCAGGCUCUCUACGGAUACGAUGCGCCUGUCAAGAAAAAGCCUCCAAGAAGGACAUGCAAUUGUUUGCCAAAAUGGUGCUGCUGCUGCUGCUGUUGCCGAUCUAAAAAGAAGAACAGGAAAUCGAAGUCCAUCGAUAAGAAGACAAAUGAGGUUCCAAAGCACAAACAUGCUCUAGAGAAUAUCGAAGAGGGAAUUGAAGGUAUAGAUAAUGAGAAGUCGACCCUUAUGCCACAAACCAAAUUUGAGAAGAAAUUUGGUCAGUCACCUGUUUUCAUUGCUUCAACACUUAUGGAGGAUGGGGGAAUCCCAAAAGGGGCAACUACUGCAUCACUCUUGAAAGAAGCAAUUCAUGUCAUCAGCUGUGGUUAUGAAGAUAAAACAGAUUGGGGGAAGGAAGUGGGAUGGAUAUAUGGCUCAGUUACUGAGGAUAUAUUAACAGGCUUCAAGAUGCACUGCCAUGGCUGGCGAUCAGUGUACUGCAUGCCGAAAAGGCCAGCAUUUAAAGGUUCAGCUCCUAUUAACCUCUCAGAUCGUCUGCACCAGGUUUUACGUUGGGCUUUGGGAUCUGUUGAAAUUUUCUUGAGCAGGCAUUGCCCAUUAUGGUAUGGGUAUGGUUGUGGAUUGAAAUCCUUGGAGCGCUUUUCAUAUAUAGCUUCUGUUGUGUACCCUUUGACGUCAAUUCCACUGCUCGUAUAUUGUACACUACCGGCUAUCUGUCUUCUUACUGGAAAGUUUAUUGUUCCUGAGAUUAGUAAUUAUGCCAGUCUCCUUUUCAUGUCUCUCUUCGUAAUCAUUGCUGUGACUAGUAUCCUAGAAAUGCAGUGGGGAGGUGUCGGAAUACAUGACUGGUGGAGAAAUGAGCAGUUCUGGGUGAUCGGUGGCGUCUCAUCGCACCUAUUUGCGCUCUUCCAGGGCCUGCUUAAGGUUUUAGCAGGUGUUAACACAAACUUCACUGUUACAUCAAAAGGAGGAGAUGAUGGGGAAUUUUCGGAGUUGUACCUAUUCAAGUGGACAUCUUUAUUGAUUCCUCCCAUGACAUUGUUGAUCAUCAACAUAAUUGGAGUCAUAGUUGGGAUUUCGGAUGCCAUCUCAAAUGGAUACGACUCAUGGGGACCACUAUUUGGUAGACUGUUCUUUGCGCUCUGGGUAAUCGUUCAUCUUUACCCCUUCCUCAAGGGGUUGAUGGGGAAACAAGACAGGCUUCCCACCAUUAUUGUGGUUUGGUCAAUACUUUUAGCAUCAAUUUUCUCUCUUUUGUGGGCUCGAGUAAACCCGUUUAUAUCGAAAGGAGGCAUUGUUUUAGAAGUGUGUGGGUUGAACUGUGACUAAAAAUACAAUAAAAGAACGAAGGAGUAAAAUUAGAUGUCUUGUGUUCAAUGAAGAAAGGAUUUGGGAAAAUCGCAUAAGUCGGCUGUGUUUUUGGUCUAAGAUGAAGACAACAUCCCUCAAUUUAACACGGUUUUCCUCAAGUAUGACGUAAAAGGUGAGCAAAAGAGGAAAUCAUGUUGGAAGGCGCUUGUAGAUACAUAUAUAGAACUGUGAUCUUAUUUGGUGUUGAGUUUUACUCCAUUUUGAUUCUUUAUGUACUUUGUGGGUUAGAAGGUAUUGAUUUCAUAAAGUCCUUUAUAAUCUCUAAGAGAAGAUACUUAAUAAAAGCUAUAGUUUUUAUCCAU